UUUCGCAUUCAUUGUCUCAACAGAACCAUCGAAGUGAUCACCGAAGAGGAAUCGCCUGGAAGUCCUCCCAUUAAUAUCAAAGUUGGUGCCAUAUCUUCGCGAUCAAUAUCUGUGACAUGGGAUCCGCCAAAUCAAGAGCAACAACAUGGGGUCAUUCGGGGCUAUUAUAUCGGGUAUAAGAUAUUCGGCACUUCCAGUCAAUAUGUGUACAAAACGCUGGAAAUCAGAGACGGAAACCGAGAGGAAGUGGUUCUCAACGGUUUGAAACAAUUCACUCAAUACUCAAUCGUUGUCCAGGCGUUCAAUACGAAGGGCGCAGGUCCAGCUUCUGAAGAGCUGAAAAUUCAGACCUUAGAAAUGGACGCACCGACAUCACCCCAAAUACAGGUGACGUCGAGCUCCGGCUCAUCCAUACACUUGGCGUGGGAUCCGAUCGCCGACGACGACAACCCGAUCGAUGGGUACAUAAUAUUUCAAAGACAAGACUCGUCUACGGAAUGGAAAGAGAUUCGUAUUGUAGGCCAACAGGCCUUCUAUACAGCGGCUGAUCUCAAGUGCGGAACUCGUUAUCAAUUUUAUUUGGUUGCCUUCAAUAGGAUCGGUAGGGGAGAGCCGUCAGACGUCGUCACAGUGAAGACUGACGGG